ACAGCGUGUGUUGCAACGGGAUGAAAAUGUACAGUCUUUUUCCAUGCUUGUGUUUCAGUUUAAACAAUGGCUAUCAAGCCAUUGAGGACCGUUCCCCGCAUCAAAAAGCGGGUGAAGAAGUUCAUCCGGCACCAGAGUGACCGAUAUGUGAAGCUGAAGCCCAACUGGAGGAAGCCGAAAGGUAUCGACAACCGUGUGCGGCGGCGCUUCAAGGGCCAGUACUUGAUGCCCAACAUCGGUUAUGGAAGCAACAGGAAGACCAAACACAUCCUGCCCAAUGGCUUCCGCAAAGUUCUCGUUCACAACAUGAGGGAACUGGAAAUGCUGAUGAUGAUGAACAGGCGGUACUGUGCAGAGAUUGCGCAUGGCGUGUCCUCCAAGAAGCGCAAGACGCUCGUCGAACGGGCUCAGCAGCUUUCCAUCAGGGUGACAAAUGCCAAUGCAAGGCUCCGCUCCGAAGAGAACGAAUAAACAUCAACUCACAUCGUCUGAA